UCAUAAAAACAAUGGAUGACAUCGACGAAAAAGUAUUAUCCAUUGUUCAACCACAAAUGGAACCACUAAAAAAUAUUUACGAUAGUGACAGCAAGUUUGAAGAUAAUGAGCCUUCAGUGCAAAUAGAGAAACAAAUAGAAAAUCCUAGUUCAUCAGCUUUCGAGGAUAAUCUGGAGUAUAUAUAUAUUGUGUCUGAUGAUGGCCAUGAAAAUUUUGCAAGCACUUCUGCUCCAACCACUGCUGAAAAAGAGUUGCCAUUCAAGGAGAACUUGGUAACUACUCCUAGUAAGCAAGAUAAGGAAAACAAUUUUAACAUUGCAAGUAUGGACUGUUCCAUUUAUAAAAAAUAAAAUUAUUUUUAUCUAUUUACUCACACAAAAAUGAGCUCAGUGUUUCAUUAUUGAAUUAA